AUGCUGUUUUGGCACACGCAGCCGGAGCAUUACAACCAGCACUCGACCGGCAGCUACCUGCGAGAUGUGCUUGCGCUGCCCAUCUUCAAGCAGGAGGAGCCGCAGCUGUCUCCUGAGAACGAUGCCAAGCUGCCCCCCUUUCAGUACGUCCUCUGCACAGCCACCUCCCCCGCCGUGAAACUGCACGAGGAGACUCUGACCUACCUCAACCAAGGUCAGUCUUAUGAAAUCCGUCUACUUGAGAAUAGGAAAUUGGGAGAGUUUCAAGAUUUAAACACAAAAUAUGUAAAGAGUAUAAUUCGUGUGGUUUUCCACGACCGCCGCCUGCAGUACACGGAGCAUCAGCAGCUCGAGGGCUGGAGGUGGAGUCGGCCUGGGGACCGCAUCCUUGAUAUAGAUAUCCCACUGUCAGUUGGUAUCUUGGAUCCCAGGGCUAGCCCGACCCAGUUGAACACUGUUGAAUUUCUCUGGGAUCCGUCAAAGAGGGCUUCAGCAUUCAUUCAGGUACAUUGCAUCAGCACAGAGUUUACUCCACGGAAACAUGGAGGAGAGAAGGGGGUGCCCUUCCGGGUGCAAAUCGACACCUUUAAGCAGAAUGAAAAUGGUGAAUACACAGAACACUUGCAUUCUGCAAGCUGCCAGAUCAAAGUGUUCAAGCCUAAAGGAGCAGAUAGAAAACAGAAGACUGACAGGGAAAAAAUGGAAAAGAAGACCACCCAAGAGAAGGAGAAGUAUCAGCCUUCCUAUGAGACAACUAUUCUCACGGAGUGCUCUCCCUGGCCAGAUGUGCCUUAUCAAAUGAACAAUGCUCCAUCUCCAAGCUACAACAGUUCUCCCAACAGCUUCAACCUCGGAGAUGGCAACAGUUCUCCAACCCACCAAAUGGAGCUCCUGCCUCCCACCAAUGAUCAUCUCCUUCCUUCUGCUUCUAUUCAAGAUGCCCAGCAGUGGCUUCAUCGUAAUAGGUUCUCUCCAUUCUGUAGACUCUUCUCAAGUUUUUCGGGUGCCGACUUACUGAAGAUGUCCAAAGAAGAUUUUGUUCAAAUCUGUGGGCCUGCUGAUGGAAUUCGGCUCUUUAAUGCAAUUAAAGGAAGAAAUGUGAGGCCCAAGAUGACAAUUUAUGUCUGUCAAGAACCAGAGCAAAACAGGUCCCAUCUCCACCAAAAACGAGAAAAUGGAGAUGGCAGUCUUUGUGUGUAUCAUGCAAUCUUCUUAGAGGAGCUGACCACGCUGGAGUUGCUGGAGAAGAUUGCGAACCUGUACAGCAUUUCUCCACAGCAGAUCAACCGCAUCUACCGGCAGGGACCCACGGGCAUCCACGUCCUAGUGAGCAAUGAGAUGGUGCAAAACUUCCAAGACGAGUCCUGUUUUGUUAUCAGUACAUUGAAAGCUGAGAGCAAUGAUGGCUACCACAUCAUUUUAAAAUGACCGUGCUGCACAGAGAGACUUUAAUGGCCUAAAACUUAGUGCCUCACUGAGAUUGCUACAACCUAGACUGGAAACACGAAGAACCUUCUGGAUAAAUGCUCCUGUGAACUAAGAAUUACCAAACAGCUUAAGAAAAAACUUGCUUUUACAGAUAGAAA